AUGCAUGCCUCUCUGAAGCUCCUUGCCGCAGCUCUGGCUGUUGGCCAGGUCUCUGCGCAGACAUACACCAACUGCAACCCUCUCGACAAGACGUGCCCUGCGGACCCCGGCUCCACCGAGUCGACUCUGGACUUCGACUUCACUCAAUCCAUCGAUCCUAGUCAGUGGGAGACCACCGCAGGAACGGUCACCACCGGCUCUAAUGGUGCCGUUUUCACCAUCGCCAAGCGGGGUGACGCGCCAACCAUCCAGUCCAAGUUCAACAUCUUCUAUGGCGACAUUGAGAUUGUCAUGAAGAGUGCUCCCGGCACUGGUAUCGUCAGCAGUCUCGUGUUCGAGUCGGAUGACUUGGAUGAGAUUGAUUGGGAAGCUCUGGGCGGUAACACCGGUGCCAUUGAGACCAACUACUUCGGCAAGGGCGAUACCUCUACUUACGACCGUGCCACCUACCCUGCGGUCACCACUCCUCAGGAGGUCUUCCAUACCUACAAGGUUUCCUGGCAGAAGGAUGCCACUACCUGGUCCAUUGACGGCAACGUGGUCCGUACGCUGAACUAUGCCGAUGCUCAGGGCGGAUCUCGCUACCCCCAGACCCCUAUGACCAUUCGCAUUGGUAUCUGGGCUGGUGGUGAUCCCUCUAACGGCCAGGGUACUAUUGAGUGGGCUGGCGGCGAGACCGACUACUCUCAGGCUCCCUUCAGCAUGUACGUCAAGUCUGUGAAGAUCAACAACGCCAAUCCCGCCGAGUCCUACACCUACACGGACAACUCCGGCUCCUCCGACAGCAUCAAGCUGAACGGCGCUGCACCAGCUCCUUCCGGCACUUUCAACGCUGCGACCAGCAACGUUGUUGGCUACUUCACCCCUCUUUCUGUCUUGGCUCUCGUUGGUGCUUUCAUCCAGCUGUAA